AUGAGUUUGUCAUCCCAUUUCGCAGGUCUUCAGAUCACCGGCACUAGAAAACAGCUUUGCACCGUGCUUUACCUUGUCUCCUCUCCACUGCCGAGCAAUGUUUCUACCGUUGUAUUCAAUAUCACGACCCGCAACCAAGGAUGGUGCAGUAACCCACAGGGUGGUAUCUGGUCCUGGUUCGAGGUCUCUAUCUUGGGCUCAUGGCAGGAGAAUGCAAUGCCUGACCUGGGUCAUUUGAUGAACCCGGCGUAUAUCCAGGCAUGCCCGGACAAUUUUGGCGAGCUUCUGCAACAACAGGGACUAUACUUCAAGGAAAUACCCUCCGAGAUAGCUGCCUCAAGCUCGAGAAUUAGUAUGGCGCUACCCAAAACCAGCAUGAGCCGGAGUUGGAACGAACAGGUGUUCAUAUACCGAAAAGACGGCGGUGAGGCAGUGGAUUCUUUUGUUUCACUGCUGGAGGAAGGCGAUCGAGUGUUCCCUGGAUGGGUCAAUUAUGUCAACCAGGCUAGCGUCAUGGUGUCGACCAACAUUUCGACGCAAUAUGAACCAGACAGUUCCGCCGAGAAGGACGACGCGACCACCGAGCAACAGGAAAAUGAACAGAUCUCUCGAUUAGAGGCUGGCUUGGCACAUAUAUCUCCGGAUGACCCUCGCAAGCCCAACGUCCUUUCAAGCAUCGGUUUUGGAUACAUGUUCCGCUACAAGAGAAGUUCGAGAAAGGAGGACAUCGAGAAAUCACUCAGUCUUCAUCGCCUAGCAAUGGAACUGGACACUGGAAAUCAAGUGUAUCGAGCACGUCUUGUGUUAGCCUUGCUCGACCGAUGGAAGGAUUUCCAUGACCGCGCGGACCUAGAGCUUGCCAUCAGCGAUCUGGAGAAGGUGCUUCCUCUUCCUCUGGACUUCUCUCAACGGCAAGGGUAUUUGCAGAGUUUCGCCGUGGCAUAUCUAUCUCAUUAUCAAGAGACAGGCAGUGAGGAUGAUCUCCAGAAACUGUGUACGCUAUAUAAGGAACUCGAAUCGACCUUUCCAGACGGUUCCGUUCAAAGGGCCAUCUACGGAGGUCAACGGAUGGAGUAUGACGAGACGAGCAGCAGUGAGGACCGCGAUAUGGUACUGAAACAAAUGGAAGAAGCUCUCAGCCCCACCCCAGCUCAACCUCGAAGAUAUCAGACGUUGCUCAAAUUCUUGUCUCACCAGUACUACGCACGGUGGGAGCGAACUGGGGAUACCAAAGAUCUCGAACUAGCGCUUGCGAGGGCAAAAGACCAUGUGUCGACAUUGCCUGCGAACGACGUUAGUGAGUGGUCUGCGGAGGCGUACGUGCAUCUGGGUCACAUGCACAGAAAAAUGGGGCUGAGAAGUACAAAUACUGCGGAGUUGAUGGCUGCUUGUGACCAGAUGAAAAAAGCAUUGCGUGCAGCUCCGCCCAACACCCUGGUUCGCGAUCGGGUCGUCAUCAUGAAGGCUGAAUUUCUGGCCAUGUUGCCAACCGAGUCCCAUCGAAGAGAAGCUUUGCUGAGGACCGCCGUUGAGAAAUGUGACUCCCUACGCAGAACGUGGUUUGAGCGCGUCAGCAAUCCUGCAAAGAGAAGUCUGCUAGGAUUCAUCACUUGGCACUACUGGAAUUUAUAUCAGUUCACUAAUCACCCAGCCGAUCUUGAGCAUGCCCUUAAGUCACAGGAGGAGAAUUCACAUUUUGGCAAUCUACGGGGAGGCGGGAAUGGAGACGAACUUCGCUGGAGUGGGGAGAUGUGGCUGGCAAAGGGGUUUGAGACUAGGGUCAGUGAUGGUACGGCUAUCGCCAAGGGUAUGCGCUAUCUCCUACAAAGCUCUGCCUCGGACAGAACUCUACCGGGCGCGCGUGUGUUAAGCGCUGCGAGCAUUGUUCGUAAAGCCAACCACUGGGGAAACUGGGAGAUGGCAUUGGAGACUGCAGAACGGAUCUUUCCAUUGCUGCCUCUGGUCACCGGCCGUGAUCUGAGCAAUGAGGACAAGAUCUACACGUUGCAAGGAAUAUCCACUCUCGCCAGCGAUGUCUCUGCUGCCAUCCUCAUGUUGAAGCCACCCAUGGAGGCACUAUUGAAACUGGAGAUCGGUCGGGGGAUCGUAAUGGGAGAUCUUUUUAACAGCCAGAGCGAUCUCACGGACCUGCAGCAGGCGCAUCCGGACCUAGCUCAGCAAUAUGACAUGCUGCGUCACCAGGCUUUCGACAGCCUGAAGCGCGACAAAUGGGAGACGCGGCAGACUCGGCUACUGAAUGAGCGCCGCAGGGUGUUCCAGGAGCUGCAGCAGUGUGAGCGACGCAUCCGCGCGAAAGCCGGCUUCGAAGGGUUUCUCCAGCCCUUGAACAUCCGUCAGCUGGUCGACUGUGCCCGCGAGGGCCCGAUUAUCGUCGUCAAUAUCACGUGCACCAAUGCCGAUGCCAUAUUCAUCCUCUCGCCGAGCAUAGUCGGCCAUCACAGACUGGAUACCAUGAUUACUCGGGCGGUGGACAAAUUCCGCGAGCGCCUCAUGAGACGCGAGAUGGCUGGGUUGCAUGGCGAUUCCUGGAGUUGCGGAAAAGCCCCUAGUUCAAGGGACCUGGAGAGUGACUUGCCGCCGGAGGCAUAUGACAACGAUCUUCUCUCCUGGCUGUGGUACACCUGUGUGAAGCCGAUUCUGAGCUCUCUGGCCUCCGGUGGCCAUAUCUCCACUGGCCAAGAGAAGAGUCGAGUUUGGUGGAUUGGCACCGGGGCGGCCGGUGGGCUGCCUUUCCAUGCCGCCGGAGACUACAGCCAAGGUCCGGGACUCGACGGCGAGAGCUGUCUCGACCAGGUGAUUUCCUCGUACACGCCGACCAUCAAGGCCCUCCAUGCAGUGCGUGCCAAGGCGGCGGCGCAACAGGCAUCACGCCGGGUGACGAUGGAGAGACCCUCUCUACUUAUCGCCACCAUGCCAGAGACCCCCGGCCAUGGUGCGCUACACGGGGUUCGCCACGAGGCGCAGGGUAUCAUCGACGCUGUGGGUGGAGCUAUGGACAUUAAGCAACUGAUUGGUCCCUCCACCGACGAGGUCCUUUCUCAGCUGCAGGAGUCAGAGCUUGUGCACUUCGCCUGCCACGGGUACUCCGACCCUGGCGAUCCGGCCAACAGCCAUCUGCUUCUGCAAAGAGGAAGUGAGUCUGGUCUGGUUGUCGACAAGCUUACUGUCUCUAAGCUUCUGGACACGCACGCGAUGUCACGGGCGUGGAUUGCCUAUCUGUCCGCCUGCUCCACGGCCGAGAUCCGCGAUAGAAGGCUGCUGGACGAGGGGCUACAUAUUACCAGCGGUUUUCUGAUCGCGGGCUUCUCACAUGUUAUUGGGUCCCUGUGGCCGGCAGAGGACGAGGUUUGUGUGCACAUGGCCACAUACUUCUACGAGGCGCUGAUUGCGCGACGUGUCACGGCCACUGAUCCCAAUCGCGCGGUGGCGGAGGCGGUUCGCGAUGCAACACUGCGUAUUAGAAGGCAGUACUGGCAGAACCCAUUGGCUUGGGCUUUGUAUACUCAUGUGGGAGCUUAG